GCACCCCAGUCGAUCCCUCCGCCCCUCCCACGCAUCUCCGGAGGUCGCGCGACCGCCUCUGCCCCCGCCGCCCCCCGCCCGCCGCCCACUCCGGUCUCGCUCCCGGCUCCCGCCUCUCGCUGUCCGGCUGCUUCGCGCGCCCGCCUCCGCGCGAGCGCGAGCUCGACCGCGCCGUCCCCCUACUGCGCGCAGCAGUACUCCCUGCCGGCCUCCCCCUGCGGCCUCCACCCAGCCACCGGGUCGCUGCCGGUCUCGCUGACUCGUGCAGGCUCAGCGCAUGAGCUGCUGGCCGCUGCCUACUACUCGGCUUUCGACAGGGGAAGCCCGCAGCCGUACCCCCCACAGGCGCAGGCCACGGAAGAUCAAUCUCGGUUGAGCAAAUAGGAAUUUGUGCCUGCGAUUCUGUGGUGCGGGUGCAAUUCCAGAGCCUUCUGGGUCCAGCUGAACUCCCUAUGCCCCACGUUUAGUCUUUUCCUGCAUGGACCGGUGCAGGAUCUGGUGGCCGCGCCAGCAACAUCAGUCUGAAUUGGAGUCCGUCUCUACCAGAUAUCUCCUGUUCGGAUGGCUCUUCCCCCAUGCGGGAUCAGUCGAUAUUGUUGUCGCAGCGUUCGUCUCCCAGGGAGAGAUCUUGCAGUCUUUCCCCAACCUCGACACCUUCCAGACUGCUAUCUUUUCCUCAAAUAAAAGGAUGCCAACAGUGCUACAAGAAUCUGCAGCAUUUACCAUCCUUGGGGAUUGUGUUGUACAUCUUCCAAGAGAUUUUGAAGGCUGCUGUGUUAAGCAAAAAUAUCAGCCGUUGCGGCCUCAAGUUGUUCAGACACAGCAUUCUGACACAAAACAAGACUGUUCUAUUGCAUUUAAUGGACCAUUGGGAAUUGAAGAUCAAGACCAAAGUGAGAGUAAUGGAAAAUGGGAAUGUGAUUGUAGUGUAUUAGACGGUUUUCUGGAUACUUACAAGAAGUCAGUAGUGAAAGGUGGUGACUGGGUGCACUUCUGCUGUAAGCCUGACAAGAGCUUGAAAUGCAAUCUGAAUCAAAUUCCAGUGCUUCAUCAUUUGUAUCUUGAUGACCAGAAGGCUGAAAUUAAUCAUUGCCACGUCAUACUUUAUGAUAUUCCUGUUGCUGGUAGAAACCAUUUCUCCCUGGGUGAGGAUGCACCUUAUAGGAUGAAGUCUCCCUUCAAAAAGCCAAAUUGGAUAAAUAAUCUGCAAAAGAGAAGACCAUUUCUUGAUUUGGAUCCGAUUGUGUUGGCGCUUAAUUGUUCAAAUUCAGCUAGAUUGUCAGUUGCUUGGAAAACUACUAAUAACAGUUCUGCGGCUCAUUUCUUGUUUGCAACUGUGUUUGAUGCCUUAGUUCAAGUGGUACAACAUUUCACAGGAAUAAUUUUAGCUUCAGUAUCGACUAUUAUCUACAUCUUCAUUCAACUGUUCCGAAAAUGUUUGAGCCAUGUCUCUGAGCACUUUAUAUUACAAAAGGUUUUCAGACACUCAUGGAAAAACAUGCAUCUCCGUUGUUCCCAAAUUCUUUAUUGGCCGAUUUUCCUCCAAGAUACGUCCCUAAGCUCCUCUGUUAAUGUCGAAUAUGCACACAGAGCUGCAAUCCAGAAGCAUGCUUUAUGGUCAAAUAUUAUCAUGGAUCUUCUGAUGGGUUUCAUCCUUGGAGCAGCACUAUUGUUGAACAUGGAGACUAUUUGCUCUUGGAUUUUUGCUCUUCUUCACUACAUGACAGAUGCUGUCUUGAGAUCUGGUUGUGUGUGGCUGAUGGGUGUUCCAGCAGGCUUUAAACUGAAUACUGAGUUAGCAGAGCUUCUAGGCAUGAUUUCUCUGAAUGCAAUCCAAAUAUAUUCUACCCUUUGGUUCAUGGUGGGAGGCUUCCUUAGGCAUAUAAUUCAAGGCCUUGCAUUUUCUGGAAUUCUUUUAGGCUUCACGGUUCCUGUUUCAAUCUUCAUUGACAUUAUCCAGCUUGCGACGUUGCAUGUUACCAUGCUUCAGUGGUUAAUCUCCUUAAUAUAUUCAAGGCAGAUUCAGACAGUGACAUCAUUGUGGCGUCUUUUCAGAGGGCGCAAGUGGAAUCCUCUUAGGCAGAGAUUAGAUAGCUAUGACUACACGGUUGAACAACAUGUGGUUGGUUCACUGUUGUUUACACCAGUCUUGCUUCUUCUACCCACAGCUUCUAUAUUCUACAUAUUUUUCUCUAUCUUGAGCAGCACAAUCAUCUGUUUGUGUAUAGUGUUGGAAACUGCAAUUUGUAUAAUCCACUCUACUCCUUAUGCUGCGGUAAUUCUAUGGGUGACAAGGAGGCAAAGGUUUCCUGCUGGAUUAAUGUUCCUUCCUAUGUCAUCGUCAUCUGUAUCUACUGAUGAUGAUGCUCUAUCAGUUGAAUAUCAUUCAACCAGUUUAUCUGGCGAAAGGGAAACAGAUGAACCCAUCCAUGUACAUUCAGUACCACUAGUUUCAGAACUUAACUGUAACUAUAACACCCUUGGACAAGUAAUCGGGCCACAUUACCAGAAAGUUUUCAACGGGAUCGCUCUCCCCUUCUGCAAACAACUGGCACAUGGAAUCCUCAGGGGCACAAGGAUACCUACAACACUGCAUCUGCCGUCUUCACCACUGCCCUGGAUGCAUAUUGGCAUUAGAGAAUACUGGAUGCUUUGCCGUCGCGCAACCAAGUGGGGGAGGAAUUAAAAGUUCUCCACUUAUGAUUAACUAUUAGUCGCUCAGAGAAUUUUGCUUAGUUGCCACCGUUUUGCAGUGGAUGUUUUGCUUUAGUUGCCUUAACACAGUAACAAAUGUUGGUAGUUGCCAAGAUGUUGCGUUGUGGACUGCUUUGUAGCACUGAUACCAUUUGUAGUUGAGGAAUCGACACGUAGGAAAAUUAAUGUGUUUGUUACAAGCAUACAAGUUCUUCA